AUGUCAAUGAUUCUCAAGCACAAAGGAAUAAAAGGACAUCAAACUUCAUUUUCCCAUUGGAAUCUAUUUUAUCUCAUGCAUAAAUGUCAUCAUCUCAUUUCUUUGAAUCCCUUGGGCAUUGAAUGUGGAGACUUUCUGAAGUUUUGUUUUUCUCUUGAUAUUUUAUUUUGUGAAUUAGACGGAAAACAGAAUCAACCCGGCAUUUGUUGA